AUGCCUGCCUCACUAAUACCAAGAGAUUUAGAAGCUGCCAUAGCAGGCGGCCAAUCUCCUGACAAUACAGUUCGAGAUCGAAGUGAGCAGUUCAUCUUGCAAAAAAUUGACGAAGAUCCUGGUCGCGGAUGUACGUUAUUGACCGAGUUUGCAUUGCAAGAUGAGAUAGCUAUCGAGCACCGUUUGUACUCUUUACUGACACUGAGAAAGCUCGUAACUAUGUACUGGAGUGCUGGCUUUGAAUCAUAUCGAGGUCCGCCGGGAAUUGGGGAGAACAAUAAACCAUUUAUCCGGGAUGCGCUUUUGAAGCUAGGUUUGGAUGAUGCUCAAAAUGCACGUAUUGUUGCAAGCAGCAGCUACUGUAUUGUUCAAAUAGCGGCAGUAGAUUUCCCGGACGCAUGGCCGGAGCUUCUGACCACCGUAUUUGAAUCGAUCGUUAACAAACAAUCUCUGAGCGCGUUGCGUCUCUUGAACGAAAUUUUCGACGACAUCGUGUCCGAAGAGAUGUUCUUCCAAGGUGGCGUGGGAUGGCAGACCAUCCAGCUAGCCACCAAGAUGCUCAAAAGCCCGAAAUUCUCUGUUCCUGCCAAAAUCGCAGCAGGAAAACUCUAUGGCGUGUGUUUGGGCCAAUUACAACUUCCAACCGCUACUGCAACCAAAGAGCUCAAAGAUGCGGUGAGUAGCCAUUUGCAGGAAACGCUUGUCAUGCUCCUGGAGGCCAUCAAAUCUUACUCCUCCUUCGAUUCUUCUGACCUCAAUAUUUUGAAGCUACUUCGAGUAAUGACCCAAUGCGUUAAUAAAAUUACGACCUCGUUCUCCAAGAGUAUUGUUUCUCCAUCACUGAAAAACGAUAUCAAGGUCCUAGUGGUCAAAAAUCUAUCCAACAUCUCAUAUAUCCGCCAGAAGUUGAAAUUCACCCACGAGUCAGAUGAAUUCACUGCAGUAGAUGAACUCGGAUGCGAAUUGUUACAGGGACUCGACAGCAUCCGUGAUUUGGAGCUGGAUGAGGCUCAGAUGUUUGUUGUUGUCAAAGCCCUUGUCAUUUGCAGCGCACUGAUAGAUGAAGACGAAGAGAAUUGGGAAGCGGACUUCAACACAUUUGUGACACUUGAAGAAGGGUUGAGCAACGUGUACCGAAUGAGAAAUGCAAGUGAAGAAUUUCUUCAGGAUGCGUCGCCUCAACUAUGCGAGCUUAUCAUGAACGCCCUACUCUCGCAUUUUUCAGAAUUCAUCGCGGAAGACUGGAAACUCGGGGAAGCAGUUUUGGUACUCUUAAGGUGGCUUUGCGAGAACGUAGAGCUCAGUAAAAUUUCAAAUACGCCUCAAUUUUGUGAGCUCAUCACCUUUCUAAAUGACAGCAUAGCGGCUCCACAAAGCGGGCUACAUGCUCCAUUUCUUGCAAGGAUGGUUAUUGUUGCACCAAAGAUUUUACGAGAAACGGAAGGGAACUUGCCAAACUGGGCUAAUGCUGUUAAGUCGUUUGUGGAGUCUUCAGUGGCUUUAGCUUUGAGGUCAAAUGACAAACUUUUGAAGGUGGCCUUUCUGAAGGGGUUCUGCGAGUAUGCUCAGUUUUCAAAUCUGCAUGACAUUCUAGGAAACUUAUGUUUUCAGCUUAGGGAGUCAACUUGUCAUAUCAUUGAGGAAAUCAGUGCCGAUAGUGAAGAGGAUACUAUAAGCGUUUUAUUACAGGCUUUAACAGCCGUUGCGUCUGUAAAAUUGGAAGACGACAGGAACAAUUCAUUCUACCAUAGUUCUCUCAAGCUUCUUCUGCAUAUAUCUGCCAAAAACCCAUCUAAUGUGGAAGUAGUGUUGGAGGCAGAGGAUUGUUUGUCAAGUAUCAUUAAGCGAGUAGCGACUUCGACUUAUAUCGGAUACGCGGAGACUUGCAUGCCCCUCAUAGUAGGAUCUUUGAACCAGCUAAUGAAGGAUAGGAGUGACUAUUCUCCCAACGCUUGCCUCUCAUUAGAGCUUCUUAAAGUUUUUAUGAAGAGUAAGCCUUCAGACGGCCCAAUUCCCUCGGCCAUCAGUGACUUUGUCCUAAAACCGUUGAAUGAAAUUUUGGUCAAUUCUACCGACGACGCAAUAACACAGCUUUCAUCAGACUGCCUGGUAUUCCUGGUUCACAACACAUCGGCGGAAGACCUUGAGCCUCAGCUACCUUUGAUAAUUUCCACCCUCGAAAAGCUUCUGUCUGAUCAAACGACAGACUCUGGUGCUAUGAAUGUGGGGCCAUUAGUUCUUGUAACCAUUAAGAAGUUCUCACAGCAACUUCAUGAUCUCUUUCCGGUAAUUAUGGAAGCGGCCACUAAAAAGUUUGUCGCUGCUGAGAAUAUCUCAACAUCAGAAAACCUGCUCUCUUUGUUUUGCUACUUGACCACUAAAAGUCCACAAGAUGUCAUCAACUUUCUUUCAUCGUUUUCUGUUAGAACCGAAGGAGAAGAUGCUUUGAGUGUUGUUCUGCCGAAAUGGGUUGACGCUUUCGAGGUUGUCCGUGGUAACAAGCGGAUUAUUGAGAACAUUAAAGCGCUCUGUACCCUUUUCUUCCAGCAGGACAGAAGAGUGUCUGAAGUUCAAGUGAGAGGGGAUGCUAUACCAUUUGAAAGUGAUCUGAUCGUUACUAGAUCUAUGGCUAAGAGCAUGCCACAAAAAUACGAGAUGGUUACAUUUUAUGAAAAGGUGACAAGACUUUUUGUUUGCGAGCUCGAAUUCCAAUCGAAGCAAAGCGAUGUCAGCAAGUAUGUUCCCCACGACGUUGAGAAGUUCGACGACAAUGAUGGAGAGGAUGAUUGGGAAGAUGUUGAUAGUGUGCUAGAAUUCGAAAGGCUACAGGGACAUUUGGACGAUGACAGCGGCGAUGAAAGUGAAGGCUGGGAUUCUAACGAUGAUGACAGCGCGAGUGAUCUCGAAGAUGAAGACCUGGACCAGGAAGAAGGUGCGGAGAAAGGCCUAACCGCGAGAGAAGUUCUGGUUAAGUUUUUCCGCGAUGCUGCUUCUCAGAAUGUGAAUAAUUUCCGUGCUAUUUAUGAGCGACUUCCCGACCAUGAAAAGAAGGUGUUAUCUGAAAACUUGAUAUGA